CGGAUUUGCGGUUGAAUUGUUUACCUUUACGUCCUUAUUAGUUAUUGCCUCAUUUUCAUCUUUUUUUCAACCGAUCAAGUUGUAAUUUCAGUCGGAAGUCUUGUCAUCAUCCUUUUAGAUGAAUCCUUCAAGUGAUUUGUAACAUUGUAACCGUCCAGUUUAUCCAUCCCGAUGAAAGACUGCUCCGUUUCAAGUGCUAUCUUUUUGAGCACGUCAAGUGAUGUGUGCCCGUGCAUUGAUUCUCAGAAUUAGUUUCCAGUUCUGUGAAAAGCCAUGGCCACCAGGUGGAGUAGCGAAUAUAUUAUCGCCGAGCAUAAGGAUAUGCAGGCAAAUGCAAUGGCUGUGGAUAGUUCUGGUACAUACGUUCUGCUUGCAGGGCGUCGUUACUUAGCAAUAAAAAAUUUAAAUGACCCGACUGACAAUCUUAGGAAAUUCCCUCGUCAAAGUAAAUUUGAUGUUGGCACGGCAGAAUGGAACCUCACUUCACCAAAUAAGCACUUAUGUGCUAUUUCUACAAACCAAAGAAUAGAAAUCCUCUCAUGGCAACAGACAGGUGAACUUAGUCUCUAUUUAACACUUCAGUGGCACACACGGGUCGUGACAGCUUUAAAUUGGCACCACUCUGAUCCUAAUCUCCUUGCAAGUUGUUCCAUAGACACGUUCACCCAUCUCUGGGAUAUUCGCGAGUCCCGAAAACCGGCUAUAUCACUAUCAGCAGUCUCUGGAGCAACGCAAGUCAAAUGGAAUAGAAUAUCAAGGCACCUUCUAGCAACAGCUCACAAUGGAGAUGUCAAAAUUUGGGAUCAGAGAAAAGGCACUGCUCCUGUUCAGUAUAUAGCUGCCCAUCUUGCAAAUAUUCAUGCCCUCGAUUGGAGUCCAAGUACUGAAAAUCAGCUUGCCACCUCUAGUCAAGACUGCACGGUCAAAUUCUUUGAUACGACUAGCCCUAGAAGAGCUGAAACAAUUAUCACAGCAUCAUCACCGGUUUGGCGUGCUAGAUAUACACCAUUUGGUCAUGGACUGUUGAUGGUGGUUGUACCUCCGAUGCGUCGAGGUGAAAAUAGUCUUCUUCUGUGGAAUCUCAAUAAUCCAUCAGUACCUGUGCAUACAUUCGUUGGACAUACGGAUGUUAUUUUGGAGUUUGAAUGGCGCAAAACUCUAAAAGAAAACACCGAUUAUCAGUUAAUAACUUGGUCGAAGGAUCAAACUCUCAGGAUAUGGCAAAUAGAGCCCUUUUUGCAAGAGCUGUGUGGACACCAGUGUGAUUCUGAACCUACUUUGAGCUCGGCAGAUGAAUCAGAAAUUAUGUCCAAUGGCACCACAAUCGUGGAGGAAGUGAAUGGCGUUCUGACAGGCAGCGAUUGCUCAAGUUUAGAGGUAUCGUCGGACAAAUUUUCUGAUGAUCAGGAGCCGUCUAUCAAAUAUUCUCAUCAGCCGAAAACUCUGCAACAAGAAUUUUCUCUAGUCAGUGUGAAUAGCAAUAAUAUUCAAUUCGAAAAGAUGGACGUAAUCAAUAGGUAUUGUGCUCUCACAGCCGUUUUCUAUAGUCACAUAGUCGAAUUAUUGAUCUCAUUUCCUCCCUCGUAUCCUUUUGAUGCUGCUCCUGUUUUUCAACUGGGACCUGCAACUAAUAUAGAUAAUAUUAAUAAGACAAAGAUUUUAAAAGUGUUAAAAUUAACAGCAAUUCAACGAGUGAAGAAGAAUAGGACAUGUUUAGAACCCUGUCUUCGACAGCUCGUUUCAACUUUAGAAACAAUCUAUCAAAACGAAGAGAAUGAUAAGAAUACCAUGAAAUCUGUCAUAUCUUCAAUGGAGCGGCAGAAUAUUUUUAGCAGUUUUCAGGAUGCAUUUGUUCCUUUUCCUCGUACUUCUGGUGCUAAAUUUUGUAAUGUCGGGAUUCUAGUGUGCUUUUGUAGACCUUCCACUGCUAAGAAAAUGUCAUCCAAACCAGAGUCCCUCACACCGCGUGCUCUUUCCGCUCUUGGUGGUUUCAAUCCUCCUUCUUUACUGCAGGCAGGAAAUACUUUGUCAGCGUACUAUUUUCAGGAUAGGAAGACAAAACCUCCCAUCAGAUUACGAAACUUACAUGUGAAUAGGAGAGGAGUCCCUGGAAUAACAACUUCUCCAGUUAAGAUGAUAAAGUUUGCUGUGCAUGUUUACGAUGUCUCAGCUCUGUUUUUAGCCAACCGGCAACUGGCAGAACGUUACGUUCUGGAUAAUCAUGAUAUAGUUUCAAUGUGCCAGCGGAAUGCCCAAGCGGCUGCAUCUGUCGGUCGUAGAGACUUAGUCCAAAUGUGGACCCUAGCAUCUUUAGCCUCAACGCCCCCUAUGCAAUCAAAUGACUCCUUGGAUGAUGAACCUCCAUGGAGUGCUCACCCGUUCACCCGAAACAUGAUUCAUUCCUUGAUUAGUCACUAUAGUCAACAGCAUGAUGUUCAAACUGCAGCAAUGUUGUGUUGUGCUUUUGGAACCAAAACAGAACAUCAAGAUUCUAAAAUUCAUCAUCCUCAUAAGUCAUCUCAUUCUGGAGGAGGGUCCUCAUAUCACACUGUUCAUCAAGCAGAUAUGACCUUAGAAGGAUGGACGAGCAAUCCUAAAAAACAAAAUCGCUCUAAUUCCUGGUCAGAAUCAUUAGAUGAUCUUCUCAUGCUGCAGAAUAUCGUCGAGCAUAGAGAAGUAUCAGAAACUGAUGGCGGUGAAAAAUUCAGGAUUUUAGAAGACAGUAAUUCCAGGCUGUAUGAUGAGUAUAAAAAAGCUUAUGCUGAGCUUUUACACCGGUGGCAACUGUUAGAUGCUCGUUGCAUGGUUCUCAAGUAUAUCUCUUCGCCAAGUGAGACUCACAAGGGCAUUGAGUUUGUAACGGAGUGUCCAAGUUGUAGACAGUCAAUUCGCGAUUCGUACUGCUCCACAUGCAAAGCUCUCCCUCUCCAAUGUGUUAUUUGUCACUUAUCUGUAAGAGGAUCCACCAACUUUUGUCUUGUUUGCGGCCAUGGAGGGCACACUAACCACUUACUGGACUGGUUCAAGAAGGAAGAAAUGUGUCCCACAGGUUGUGGCUGUGCCUGUCUGAAAGAAAGUGCGAAUGUGUUAGAGUGAAAUUACUGUAAGUCUGAUCAUUUUUUUAAAAUUUUUCACUGGUUCUCAAUCAAAUCUGGAACUACAUGCCGAAAUGUUUAGUUCCAUCUUGAAGACUGUAAACUUUUACAUUGUCAAUAGCAUUGCCGGAAGUUCGUUAGCCAGCAUUGUGGAAAAGAAUGUGUCAUUGUUAUUAUUCUCUUUGAUUUUUUCUGUAAAUUCCUUGUUUAGGCUUUCAAAGCGGCGAACAAGCUGUAGAAAUAUUAAGAAAUUCAAAAUUUAUGCUGUUCAGUGUUACUUCAAUGUUAGUCCAAGAAAAACUGUUACUUUUAAUGCUGCAAAAGCUUACCAGAAAUUUCAUUGCCGUGAAUUCAUUUUUAUUCAUGGUAGCUCAACAUUUGUGAUUAAGUGACCCUCAAUUUCGUCAGUAACAAAUUUCGAUUUAAACAAAAUUAUAGUGAUCUCUGUUUUCUGCAGUGAAUAUUCUCAAGGGGUAAAGCAGUUUCUGGGGAAACCGUCUAUUUUUCCCAAUCCUAAAUCUUUACUUUAAGAUUUACAAGAAUUUUCCAUGCAAAGAGUCAGUCCUCAAUUGUUUGUUUUCUAUUUGCUGCAGCCAGCAAAGAUUUCACCACAAAUCAGUCGCUAAACAACCCCUUUAGUUAAUUUUUUACUAAUUUAGUGAUCCUGUGAUCUGGCUGUGUAGGUAAAUUAAAUUUUAUUUUAGGUAAUUUUAUCAUUAUUAUUUUGGGAGAAGGCUGAGCUAUAAUUUUUACGUGUACCUUAGAAUUAAGAAUCUGGAAUGGAUGCUUGUCUAUUUGAUGAGAAAAAUAUUAGGAUGAUGGGUACAAUCGUAAGUCACCCAGAAACCCCUUCCAAGGGAGUGCAUACUUUGAUUGGUAAAUGAUCUCAAUAUCUAAUUGCUGAGUCAAACCAGAGUUAAUUUUAAACAACACCAGUAGUUAGUGUAGCAAUAAAAUGAAGCAAUAUGUAGGCAAAUUGUGUCAAAUCUUUUCAGUUCCUCAUUUCUAAUUUAAAGCAACAACUAAAACCAGCAUCUGCUUUUGUUUUCAAAGCUGUCUACAAAAAGUUUUGAGACAUCAACUUGAUCUUUUUUUUGAGAUGUAGCUCCAAAAAUCGAAUGUAUAUACUUUCAAGUACUUAAAAUAUGAUUUUAGAAAAUUCUGUAGCCAAAAUGUACAAAUUUUGUAGCGAAUAGUCUUCUUGUAUGCCCAAUGUUGCUUUUCCAUGUUAUGGGUGGUUUUACAUCCAUUCAACGAUCAUUUCAUCGCCUAUCUUGUGUCUCAAUUACAUGGAAAUGCCAAGAAAGUUAGCUGUAUGUUCUAUCGUUUAAGAGGUCUACAAAUGUGAUAAGUCCUAGCACCAUUAAGACCUGCUUCAUCAGUUUGGUAGGUAAGCCACAUGUUCUAGGGUAUGAAUAAUGGGGUGUAUCCUGACUAGAUUCAACAUGAGAGGCCGCUAGAGAUGUCCUUCGUAGCUUUAAUGUUGAAAGCUUUAUUGGACCAGAUCAGUAGGUCGUGUAUUGUGACUAUUUCUUCAAACAGUCCAUUGACAAGCAGCCAAGUUUGGAAUGGUUGGUCGUUCGAUUUUCUAAAAUCAACAACCUCUCAAGCAUAGUUUCUAAAUUUUUCCCAGGUUUGGGCAUAAGAUCGCAGUAGAAACAGAAUCAGAAAUAAAUUGAUUAAUUUAUUAGAUAUUUAAUUGGGCAACGUUUUUGCACAAAUUCUGAUAUACUGUGGAGAGAAAAAAUGCAGAAUUACCGAAAUAAAUUUUAAGAUAAUAAUUCAUUAAGGAAAAUAAAAAAUGAGAUCAACAAAAAUGAGCAAUCUCAAACAUUGAAAAAUUAGGGAAAGAAUGAAAUAUGAUGAGUUCGCAUUAAGUCAUAUAAAUACUAGAGUAUUGACUAAAAGAAAAACACAAAUAAAUACUUGAUAAAAAGUUAACAAAAGGUAACUCUAUUGACUUGCAUGAAAGACCAUACAAAAGAACUUUCUUACAUAAAAUAUGUAAUGCA